AUGUCUCUGCUGGUUGCUGCUGUUCUUUCCCAGCCUCUUAUCCUUUUCAUUCUGCAGGUAUUAGGUCCUCAGAGGGCCUUUCCUGAAUUAGGACACCUAUUAUGGGAGCCCCUUGAUGUAGUUCCUCUUUUACCAGCCCGAGGCUGCCCAAACAUGUCAAAAUUACCGUUUGCUCUCUAUUGGGCAGAGACCUUUGUUUGGGUUAACAAUGCAUCUGCACAUUCCCAAAAUGUUGCCAAGGCCAAAUAUGAAUUUUUAUUUGGCAGACCUGAAGAGAAAACUCCAGAUACUAGUGAUCAUGGAGGAAGCACUUUACUCCCACCGAAUGUCACAAAUGAGUUUCCAGAAUAUGGGACCAUGGAGGAAGGUGGAGAAGGCCUUAGAACUUCUCUAGAAUUUGAUGGUGAGUCUCUGCCAUGCCACUCACAAGGGCAGCAGGGGGUCCAGCUUUCCACUGGCCACUACUCUGGACUUGACAGUGUUACAGAAGGACCAAAAGAUGUCAGAGAGGCCCCCUCUCAAAGUCACCUCAAAGAACCAAGUUUACAGCCCAUUGACUCUUUGAUUUCUGCUCUGAAAGCCACAGAGGCGAGAAUAGCAUCAGGAACAUUACAGGCUGCAAAGGUACUGGACAAAGAUGUUGUUUCUAGUUUUUCACUUCAACAGGUGGAAAAAGAGUUAGGCAUUGCCAGUUGUAAAACACAGAGAGCCAACAAACCACUCCCUGCUGGCCAAGAAAAACCACCAGGCAUACCUCUUUCAGCUGAAGUAACAACUGAGGAAAAUCUUUAUUUGAGCAUCCAGAAGGAUCUGACUGCCCUGCUAUCUGGAGAUACUCAGGCACAACUUCCCCAGCGAAAUGGAGAGAAAGGGGAUGAUGGGAGAAAAGGGGCUUUGUGUUUGCGGGAGCCAGAUUGUCCUGUGUCCUCCUUGGGGAGCCCAGCAGUGACCCACAACUCUGUGAGCAGCACUGGUUUUUUGAAAGAGCAGAGGUCUGCUCUCGGCAGAGAGUACCCAGUGGGAUGUGAUCGAGGCAGCUCUCUGGGACGCACAGGACGGAUCAAACAUGUGGAAUUUCAAGGGGUAGAGAUACUGUGGACGGGAAGAGAAAGGAGAGAGCAUAAAACCCAGCAUACCGUAGGUUUCGAGACAUCACUGGAAAGAACAGCCUCUACAGAAAGCAAAGAGUUUUCCAAAGUGCCAAGCCAUCUCAUGUCAUCUGCUGGUUUGUGUAAUUCAAUUAAUUUAACUGAGAGUGUUUGGGAUGGAUCCUGGAAAACUCCUUCAGAGAGGCCUGGCACUAGCUCAGGGGCAUAUUCCCCUGUGCGUCUUGAUGAGAGUGGAGAGGAUGAAGUCUUCCUGAAGGAAAACAAACAACAUCUUGACAAAAAACCUGAACCAGAGAGAGAAAAAGAAAGGUGAGCUCCCAGAGUACCCCACUGUUUGUGAUGCUUAUUAUAUAUGAGAGAAAGCUGUUUCUAGUAUUUGGUAUGAGAACUCAGCUCAUAGUACACUGGGUCCUUGUUAUCAUAGAAUGGAAGAGAAGUUACCAUAAGCUAACACCUUCUAAGCUAAAAUUCCUUUUAAGUUUCUGAGAUAUUAAAGUGAUCUAGUUAC